AUGCCGAGGCUCAACUCAAGAGGCGACAUUACAGAUGAGACUCAGUGCGACAACUGUAACUGCGGACCUGCUCAACUUGUGGAGGACUUCAAGUUUGCCGCGAAUUACUUUCAAAAGAGACGCUCCGGAAAAUAUGCCGCGCUUGGAGAAACAGCGGACAUGGGAGUUUACUCGAAACGCAUCAUUUUUGGAGUCUGCGUAGUCCUUGUUGUCUCCAUCAUUCUCGGCGGAAACUUCAUCAAAAUCAUGUAA